UACUCAAUGUUCAACGAUCAAUGUUACGUAUUCGAUGGUCGCUCAUCGUCCAACUCAGAGGUCGCCACUUUAACUCUUAACACUGCUACCUGGUAGUACUGUUACUAUGCACUACUGCGCAUAACAGUCACCGCUCACCUCCUCAUGCGACUGCACGUUUCUCCCGAUUCCAUGUGAAAUAGUUCACCAAAAAAAGCGGCAUCAUGUGCCGUUACGGAUUGUUUCUUCUUUUAAAUGCCCUGCUGCAGCUGCGACCGAUUCAAGCUCGUCAGCGCCAGCCAGGGUUCAGUAUUCAUCACGACCUUCUAGCAUAUCCUCAAUUCGAGGUGACAUUCUCUCAAUCAUAUAUAUCAGAAACCGAAGCCCAAGCUUUAAUUAAAAGGAGCAAUCCUUCAGACCCCGACUACGAUGCCGAUUUCCCCGGUCAGAUUGACCUUGCGUCAAAUGUGCGAGCUGUUAAGGAUGGCUAUGACGUCGACGGCAAUGGCAAUGGCAAUGGCAAUCAGAAAAUCGCAGAAUCCUACGAGAUAAUAACCAUGUCCCCGAAUCGCUACUUAUGCACCAUUCCUAUCAUCGAACCUCCCCCGGCGCCAAAUAAAACAGCGGCUGAGCUAGCUAAAGCCAAGGAGGCCCGCGAACCGGCCGAGGCCGAGGAGGCUCGCGAACUAUCAAGAGCUUCAGCUCACGGUUGGGAUCUCAUCAGCGGUCUUGACGGCAAUUGCAUCUAUUAUAUGUCUGGGUGGUGGAGUUACAAGUUUUGCUAUGGUCAGGAAGUUGUGCAAUUCCACGCGCUCCCUGCCAGCGUUAAGAGCGGCCCUCCUGUGCGGGACAUCAAGAUCGCAGAGUAUGUCCUCGGAAGAGUUCCCGAUCCUCACGCUACUGCACGCUCUUCCCGGCCCGGUCAACCCAACGACAAAGGACAGACAACUCCCACGCCGCCUCCGAACACGGAACUCCAGAUCAAGGGCGACCAAAGAUACCUGGUCCAGAAGAUGGGCGACGGUACCAUUUGCGAUCUGACCGGUAAAGAACGGACCAUUGAGAUACAAUACCACUGUAGCCCCGGUAGCACUCAAGAUCGCAUUGGUUGGAUCAAAGAGGUAAGUACCUGCGCAUACCUCAUGGUAGUUAACACGCCUCGGUUAUGUGUGGACGUUGCCUUCCAACCACCCAAAGAAGAGAGAGCAAACAUCAUCAGCUGUCGCGCUAUCGUGCCAGAGGCCGAACUGCCGGGUUGGCAUGCGCAAAAGACGCUGGAAGCACAGGCCGCCAUGAUCGAGCAGAUGAGAGAGAAUAUUCAAGGUCCCAUCACCAUCGGCGGGAUAGUCGUUGGAGGGAGACAAAUGCUCGGUGACGGCGAAGAUGGUAAGGAAGCACACAAGUUAGCCCCUCCGCGAAACUUCCGCAACCCCGGCAUAGCCCCCCUAGUCGAGGUGGUGGCCCAGGGGAGCAGCAAAGAAGAAGGCAGCAAGGUCAAUAUACUUACCGACGAGGAACUGGAAAAACUGAACCUGAGUCCGGAGAUGGUCGAGGAACUGAAGAAGGAGCUGCAGAAGCUAGCAGGGGACAGAGGCUGGAAGCUGGAGGUUGUCGAGAUGCCCGGCGAUCCUAGAGAGAUUCGCGGGGUUGUCGAUACAGACGAGAACGAAGAGGGGGAGAAAAAGUCCGACGAUGACAAAAAAGGCGAAGAUACGGGCAGUGAGGAAAGGUUCUUCAAGGAGGAGCUUUGAAGAACCGGGCACUGGCAUAGCAAACGGCGUUACGUAGGUAGGAUUGAUCGCAUUCAUUUCAAAUACUCCGAAGCAAAUCUCGAUCCCUCGUCACUUUCUUC